UUAUUAAUUGAUCAAUUUGUAAUCGAAUUCAAAUCGACAAAACAAAUCGAAAAUGAAAUCCACGCAUAUUUUAUCAUUACCAAUUUUGAUGAUGGCCAUCGUUUUGAUUGAUUCAAUUCAAUCGGCUAGUAUUGCAAAUGGAUCGACUCAAGAUUUUCUUAAUCAACAAACAACCUCUACAGAUUUAAAAGAAUCAGUCAAUCAAUUUAUUGAUGGAUGCGUGACAAAUAAAGAUACAUCCAAUACAUAUUAUCGUCAAUUUUGUGCCGAUUAUCUAACAAAAGAAUUUCCAGGAAAUUAUACAGAAAUGGAAUUUGAUAUCGGUUUGAAUUAUUGUAUGAGUCAAUGCAAAUUUAUGCAUGAAAUUUCGGUUUUGUUUGAAUAAAUAUUAUUCAGUUACAAGAUUACAAAUUACAAAUUUUUUUUUCAUUUAAAAAAUAAACAUUUGAUAAAAUAAAAUUGAUUUAUAA